AUGGGCAGCCUCAACACCAACUCCACGGCCGCGUACACGGUGCCUCUCGUAAUCAACAACGAGGAAGUCCGCACCACGACCACCUUCCCGGUUAUCAGCCCACUCGAUGGCCGCGAGAUCUGGACCUGCUCGUCCGCUUCUACACAAGAUGCACUUUCCGCCGUGGCUGCCGCACAGGCCGCCUUCCCAGCAUGGUCGCGAACCAAGCCAUCGGAGCGGCGUGAUUUGUUCCUGCGGGCGGCGGACAUCAUCGAGCGCCGCAAGGAAGAAUUAGGUCACUACAUGCACCUCGAGGUUGGCGCCGACAAGGCCUACCAGGAAUUCAUCCUGGGACUGUCGAUCGAAGGUCUGCGGGACACGGCCGGGCGGAUCGCGGGAGCGGUGCAGGGCUCGGUCCCUGAGUCGAACCACGCCGGGAUGAAGGCCAUCAUAUACAAGAAGCCAUAUGGCGUCGUGCUGGGGAUCGCCCCUUGGAACGCUCCUUACCACCUUGGCCUCAGAUCUGUCACGUUUGCGCUGGCGGCAGGGAACACGACGAUCCUCAAGGGACCCGAAUUCUCGCCGCGAUGCUACUGGGCGAUUGUCGACGUGUUCCGCGAGGCCGGGCUGCCGACAGGAUGCCUGAAUCUGAUCCUGCACCGGCCUGCAGACGCAGCGGCAGUGACGGAGGCGCUGAUAGCGGCGCCCGAGGUCAAGAAGACCAACUUUACGGGCAGCUCGGCCGUGGGCAGCAUCAUUGCGUCGCUGUCGGGCAAGUACCUCAAGCCUUCGCUGAUGGAGCUGGGAGGGAAGGCGAGCGCGAUCGUGAUGGCGGACGCGGACCUGAGCAAGGCUUCGAUGCAUUGUGCGAUGGGUGCUUUCAUGAAUGCCGGCCAAAUCUGCAUGUCGACGGAGCGGAUCAUUGUGCACUCGUCCGUCGCCGACAGCUUCCGGCAGAAUCUCAGUGACCAAGUCAGUCGCAUCUUUGGCACGGCCGAGACGAUCCCCGUGAUCAUCACGGCAGCCUCGGCCAGACGCAACCGCGAGCUCAUUAAAGACGCCGUCUCACAAGGGGCCGAGAUCAUCGGUCACGUCUCUUCCCCGAACAAACAGCACUGGCCCGAAACCAAGAUGCGGCCCACCAUCGUCACCGGGCUCGAUCCCAGGAUGAAGUUGUACUUGACCGAAUCCUUUGGCCCCAGUGUGUCACUAUUCGCGUACGAGACGGAGGAGGAUGCGGUGGCGCUGGCCAACAACACGGACUACGGCCUGUCGGCGGCCGUCUUCAGCGAGAAUUUGGGCGCAGCCUUUCGCAUCGCCGACAAGCUCGAAUCGGGCGCGGUGCACAUCAACUCGAUGACGGUGCACGAUGAGUUUGCGCUGCCGCACGGGGGUGUCAAGAGCAGCGGCUUCGGGCGGUUCAACGGAUAUCAAGGGCUGGAGGAGUUUCUGUACUGCAAAACCGUGACUUGGAUGGAGUAG